UCGAGUAUAUCACAGUUUCUGAGAUCCUCUCAUAGAGACUUACCCCAGCCAGUGGUACGUCUGACAUCUGGUAGCAUCGGCAUUCAGUUACUUCGACAUACUCGAACACCUGGUCUUCAGUUACUCUCUCGUUGAGACUACACUUUGACUGAGUACAACAUCAUGUCAACUUCGACUAGUCAACCAUUGGAUCCUAGUCGCCCGCCGACCUUGACUGUGGAACAAGCAGCAGAGUUGAAUGGUUUGGUGGAGGCUGCGUUGACGCUGGUUGGCACGACGGCAGGGCAGUCUGGUCUGACUCAAGAUGAGUUGGCGUUGCGGAGGAGUGAGGCGAGGGAUGCGACCAUUGCUCAGUAUUUGGCACAGCGCGGCUUGCCUGAGAGUACUGAUAUGUUCGCCCUCAACAACCCUCUUCCAACAGAGGUUACGCUGCCUACGCAAUCACCCAUGACUCAACAAGUCCCUGGUCAACAACCCUUUGGCGAUCAACAUACCUUCACCCAACAACCGUCCGUUAGUCAACAAGUACCUCAACAACAGGUACCUUUGCAACAACCUCCCAGUAUGUUUGUUCCUCCGAUGACAGGUGCGCAGCCCAUACCUUGCAACGUCAUAUUCUUGUUCUAGGAUUCUGGAUCGCUACUGUCUUGGAAAACGUGU